AUGCAGAACACCCUGGGACCAGCCUGCAUCUUCCUGCGCAAGGGGAUUGCUGAGAAACAGGGGGUAUGGCCAUUGCGGGGGGGGGGGUGGACUGGGCAAGAGGGCGCAGCAGCCCAGGUGGGCAGGGCAAAGGGUCUGGAACGGUCAGCCAAAGCAAGGGCUGAGUUUCCAUUUUCCUCUGCAAGGGAAAUUAACCAAAAGUGGGACCCGGUGGGAUGAGGAGCCCGCCGGAUUCCAGACUCAGCUCCAUGAAGGCUGCUUGCAGUUUAUGGUGUUCUGGAGGACCCAGGUACCGGGAGGAAAAGUCUAGUGCAUUAGAGAAGCAAGAGGGAGAUAGAAUUCUAUGGGCUCGAUUUAACUUCUAGAAUGUUGGUUUGAAAGAGGCGUCACAUCUUAUAUGCUGCCAUCUCUCGUUCCCCUUUUGCCUCUGGCAGGCAGGGUUUUCGUAUUUUUUUCCUUUUUAUUAGAUGGUUUCCAAAACAUACCCCAACUUUUCGGUCAAAAUGACAUGAUGGGAAAUGUAUGCGUGUCCUGUGGGAGCACCCCUCUCACAACCUAUUCUCUGUCACCACCACAGCCAAAUAGACAACCUGGCUGAGUCUCUGAAUGCUGGGAAAGUAUGCAAGAGAAAGGCAGUUGGGGGCUAAGCUGGCCUCAGGGGCGUUGGGUAGGAAGUAAAACACCCAGUGCACAGGGCCACGGGGGCACAAAUUAACUGCCGGGCAAAUUAACAUGGUUGGGGGUGUCUGAGGCUCUUGUUGGCACUGUCGGGUGCAGCAUGCCCAGUCAUCUUGUGAGCAAACUUUUGUUUUUUAAAGGUUAUAAUAGGGAAGGGGCAGGAGAUUGGGGGCAGGGAGUCUAAGGUAAAAUAUCUGGGACUGGGUCCUGUGAACCAUCUCCUAAUUCCCUCCCCCUUAGUAUGAAUUAUCUGUCCCACCCCAGGCUCAGUAGUGGAGGAGAUUAUGAUAUCUUGGUGUGCUGUAGCCCUAACAUGCAUUUAAAGCGUGCCUUCCCCCAAACCUGAGAACUGUAGUUUACCUCUGAGAGAGCCCAGUACCCUUAAUAAACAACAGCUCCCGGGAUUCCUUACGGGGAGGGAAAUGUACUUUAACUAUAUGGUGUGUACGCAUCUCUAGUGAUCCUCAAGGCACUCAGCUGCUGCCAGCUCAUGGACUCACCCUUGGUUGUACUUGCUUGAAGUUUUGAAGAAGGGUCUCUGUGAAUCAGAAAGCACAGUGAGGUGGUCUCAGCCUUUCUCUAUCUCCAAACAUCUGCAGCUACAUCGUUGCUCCUCCAUGGGCUCUGCGCCGCCUGGGUUUUGUCACUGAGUUUUAGGAUUGUGUAGGGUUUCUCUCUCCCCGCCGCCCCACUUCUCCGUUCCUCCAUCUCACAGUGAUCACUGGCUCUGUCAUUCUGGGCAGCGUUCCAGUUCAUUGCUGGAUCCACUUUGUCCUUCUGUGUGCCUGUAAAUAUUGAGCUGUCAACUCAACGGGAGCAUUGCUGUGUUUUUGACAGCGCGAUGCAAUUAUUUCGAUUGGCCUUAGGGAAGAGGAGCCUUUGCUUGGGCGUUGGGAAGGGUUGGGCGGAGAGAUCGGUUUGGCAAUAAGGUUUUGGGGGUCUUGUUUUCUACAGCUCUGGAGGAAGGAGUAGUUUCUAGUGAGGUUGAGGACUGUGAACCAAGACUUCUUCAUUUCCUUCCUUCCUAUGUGCCUGUAUCACUAUGAAUGACUUUACAUCUGCCUUACAGGAGCGGGAACUGGGAGCAGACGAAAUCGAAGGUAAGUAGGAUGGGCAUUUGUGAUACUUUUGAGCAGCAGCUUUGGGGUUGUUGUUUUUAAUUGUUCUGGGAAAUUCUGAGUUGCUUUGGAAGAUUAUGAGGGAUUCUUUGAUGGGAAGAUCAGUAAGGUUUGAGCUUCCCAUAAAGAGAGUUUCCCAACCAUGACUGACCUUCCUCUGGAGUGUAAUAUAGGCAUAGAUGAGGGAGAAAUUCAAUCCAGUUUGCAUUUAAAGGCAAACCUACAUAAUUUGCACUUUCCGCAACAACAAGCAAACCGAAACACAGCCUUCCUUUAUAAGUCACACGUCUCUGAAUUUUGCAGUGUAGUUCCCCAGCUAAAUAAUGUUUACAAAAAUAUUUUAGGGUAAAGUGUGCAUAAAAAUGCAUAUAUUGGUGAAAAUGACAUAUAUCAUGGGAAAUCGCUUUGCAGAAAUGUUUAUGUUGAUCCACAUUUCAUUAAAACUGUGGUUAUCACGUGAAAUUCGCACUUGAAAUUACCUGAAUUUCACACUAAAAUGCUGGUGAAUUUUCUCGAGGACCUUUUAAAAGCACAAAAUGACAAACUGAUGAGAAAAGGUGGAGAACUGUUCGGAAAAAUUAAAAACUGGGGGAAAGUGAAAUGGACAGAUGCGCCCAUCCCUAGCCAUAGGGGAUAUGGAUUGCACACCCAGUUCAUGAGGAAUGAUGGUGAGGCCGUAAGAAAGGGAUGAGGAACCUGCGGCCCUCCAUCUUAUUAAUGGAAAACAGCUCUCAUCAGCCCCAGCCAGCAUGACUAAUGGUCAGGGAUGAUGGGAGCUGUAGUCCAGCAAUAUGUAGAGGGCCACGGCUUGCCUUUAUACCCUUGCCUUAAAACAUACCCAGAAUCUUCUAGAACAUGUUGGAACUCCACAGCAGGUGCUAGAGGGUUCCUUAGCAGGCCUUCCAGAGGAAGUGUUCCCUGAGGUAAAAACCUGGAAAACCACUGACACAGAGGUUUUCUUUACUCAGUUAUUAUUGCUACCCUUGCUGCUACUCUUGCUGCUCCUGUUUUGCAAAAACAGAGCUCCGUGAGGCCUUCGAUGAGUUUGACAAGGACAAGGACGGCUAUAUCAGCUGCAAAGAUUUGGGCAACCUCAUGAGGACAAUGGGGUACAUGCCAACUGAGAUGGAGCUUAUUGAACUGUCGCAGCAGAUCAACAUGAAUCGUAAGUGCCUGGUCUCCGGGGACUGGGUUGAAUAUUUCAAUAAAGAAUGGUGCUGGACUGAAGAUACAAGGCAGCCUUCCUCAGCUGGCGGCCCUCCAAAAGUCUUGGACUACAACUCCCAUAAUCUCUUACCAUGAACAAUACAAAGCAAGGGCUGUUGGGAAUUGUAGUCCAAAGCAUAUUGAGGGCAUCAGGUUGAGGAAGGCUGACGAUGGGCAGGAGUCCUGGUAUCACUUCCUGGGUCUCCAAUGGGCUCUAACGUAAAGGAUGGCCACUGUCAGCUUGCCUGGGAUUCAACCAGCCCUUGACUUGUCUGCCAUUUCAGAGGGAAAAGAGGUUUGUGUGGAGCCGGUGGUAGGCAGCAGUGAGGCAGCUUCCUGUGUGAUGCAGUGGCUGGACUUAAGGCUCAUCCACGAUUCUGCUUGUCCCGUGCCUAGAAAGCACAGGCCCAAAAGUCUGUCCCCCCCACAGGCCUCCAACCAACUUUGGGAAAAGACAAUCCCACAGGAUGAAAAACAACAACAACAACACAGUAACUAGAUACUAUUCAUGGCUAGAAUGAUUCUGGAGUAUAUAUGUUAAAUACUCUGAAUAAUGGUUAUAUACACAAUUGGCAGUUAGGGAACCAAAAGUAUCUCUCUUUUUUAUCUUUCUCUGCUUUCUUGGCCCCACCCCUUAUUUAUUUUUCUUUUGGAUUGGGUUUCUUGUGUGAUGCUUGAUUUCUGGUGGCUCUCCAGUAGCAUUAACUAGGUGUAUGUCUGUGUGUGUGUGUGUGUGUGUGUGUGUGUGUGUGUCAGAGAGACAGAGAGAGAGAGAGAGAGAGAGAGAGAGAGAGAGAGAUGAAGAUACAUACAAGGAGCUGACCUGUAUGAGAAGCAAGUCAAAGUGGCUUUUCUCAGGGUGAGAGACUGAGGAAGGAGAAGCUCUCCCUGGUGGGAGGAUUCAACUCUCCAUAUGUGUGAAGCUUAAGGUAAAAUGUUGACUGAGGGUUAUGUUUAUAAUUUUGUGUUUUAUGAGGAUCAUAUGAUGAUCCUAUGAGGAUUAUUAUUAAUGUAUCUUACUUUCUUUUUCUCUUUUGUCCCCCCCCCCCACCCUUUUGAGAUAUCUAUCUAUCUAUUACACUGGUCAACAACAAAUUUGUUGUCUGUGUUUUUUCAGUUGAUUUAGGACGAAUCUGAUGCGCUGAAUCCAAAAAUCAAAUUGGUUUUGCUCAAUCAGGCCAAGUUUUUGAGCUAUGGCCACAUGUCGGUUUUUUACGCUUUUGUUCACAUGUGCACUUGUGUGGAGCAUUUUAGAAGAAGUUGGUGGGGGUAAAAUGCCAUGUCGAAUAAUUGUUUUGAUUGGAAAUGAUUAUUUUAAUGACAAGAAGUAUUCAGGUCCGAUAGUUCUGGGUGAUUAUGUCGAAAAGGGAUCAGUUUGAAGUCAUAAAACCUCUGUUUUUUCUCGGAAGAGAAGGACUUGGUGUACUGUGCAGAUAUUGCGCAGCUUCUGCUCAAGCUUGGAGUGCCACAGUACGAACCCAAAGAUUGGAGACUGCUCAUUGACAGCAGCAAGCGAUCACUGAAAUGUGUUCUGCUACACAACGGAAGCAGUUUGCCUCUAUACCCCUGGCUCACUCGAGUACACUGAAGGAGAACUAUGAAGCGGUGAAGUAUGUGCUGGAGGAAAUUGGUUAUGAUCAGCAUAAGUGGUUUAUUUGUGUUGACCUGAAGAUGGUGAACUUUUUGUUGGGACAACAGUCUGGCUUCACCCAUGUUUUCUGUGCAUGUGGGAUAGUAGGGACCAUGCUCAGCAUUACACGAAGAAGGAUUGGCCUGUGCGGGAGGAACUGGUGCCUUGCAAAAAAAGGAACGUCAUCAACGACCCUUUGGUGGACAGAGACAGAAUACUCUUCCCACCGCUGCACAUCAAGCUCGGCUUAAUCAAGCAGUUCACCAAGGCUCUGGACAAGGAUGGUGACUGCUUCACUUACUUGUGCCAGGCUUUUCCAGGAUUGACCAUGGAGAAGUUGAAAGCUGGCAUCUUUGACGGUCCUCAGAUCCGUCAGCUCAUCAGAGAUCCAGAGUUCGGAAACUCAAUGAACGAAGUGGAACUGGAAGCGUGGAAGGCAUUUGUUCUGGUAGUGAAGAACUUUCUUGGCAACAAUAAGGCCAGAAACUACGCAGAACUUGUCAACAACAUGCUGACUGCUUUCAGAAACCUGGGCUGCAACAUGAGCGUCAAGAUGCACUACCUAUUUUCACAUAUGGACCGGUUUCCUGAGAACCUGGGUUCAAUGAGCAAUGAGCAGGGGGAGAGAUUCCAUCAGGACAUGAAAGAGAUGGAGACCAGGUAUCAGGGUUGCUGGGACGCAGUCGCUGGCUGACUACUGUUGGACUCUGAAGAGAGACCUCCCUGCCGCUGAGCAUUCCAGGAGUUCCAAGAAACGGAAGUUCAAGCCCUGAAUUUUGAAAAAUGGUGAAGCAACAUGCGAUUUACGUGUACUUACCUUUAUCAAUGCCCACCAUUCAGUUUACAGUAAACCUGACUUGAUGGAGAGAAACGGAUGCCAUUUCCUGAUUCAGCAGUGCAAAAAUACCCAAAAUCAGUUGUAGAAAUCUAGACAACAUUCAAAAAGUAAAAAAUUGUUGCCCAGUGUUAUCUAUCUAUCUAUCUAUCUAUCUAUCUAUCUAUCUAUCAUCAUCUAUCUAAUCUCUUUAAUUUAGUUUGAAUUUUUUAGUAUAUUAGGUUGUAAAGCACAUGACUUCCCCCAAAGAAUUCUGGGAACAGUAGUCUACCCCUCACAGAGCUACAAUCCCCAGCACCCUUAGCAAACUACAUUCCCAGGAUUCUUAGGGGGAAAUCAUGCGCUUUAAACGUAUGCUGUAUAUGCAGCCCAAACCCGGCUGCUGAUCAGGGAUAUGUAAGGAAACUUGAAGGGAAAACCAAGAUAUCUGAGCCUUCUAAGAAAUUAACCUGACUGUGGUCACUGCAGUUGGAGGGCGUGUGGAUUUCGAGGACUUUGUGGAGAUGAUGACCCCAAAGCUGCUGGCAGAGACGGCGGGCAUGAUCGGACUUCAGGAAAUGAGGGAUGCCUUCAAGGAGGUAAGAUGGGCUGGGAUUGGACAGGGCUUUGGAGUUCUUUCUCUCAGCCUUGUUUCUUGUUCUCAGGGGUGGGGCAGAAAUCUGAUUCCGUUCUCAUUCAAAGGCAAAUCUAACAAAUCUACCGCGCUUUCCGCAGCAAUGCACAAGCAGCCAUCCCUUCAGAACCCGCACUUCCCCGAAUUAGUGUUAAAAAUGCAUUUGUUAGUGGAAAUGAAAUAUGAAAGUGCAUUCUGUUUGGGAAAAUGGAUUUGCAAAAAUGUGUAUAUUGGGCAAAAUUACAUAGGUAAAUAUGCACAUUAGAAGAAAUUCAUACUAGAAUGCUGGUGGAUUUUCACGACGACUUAAUUCCCAGCUCCACAAUCUGAUACGGAAAUGUGGAGAAGUGGUUAAGACUAGGAAAAUGAGAAACUGAGAGACACUGAAAUGUACAGAUUCACUUAUCCCAGCUUGUCAUAUGUCCCCUUUCCCUCCCAGAAAAUUGAACACCUCUCAUUCCCCAACUUCUCAUUCCCCAACUAGACAACAUCGACCCCACCACCACCAAAAAAGCUGGGGAUGGGACGUAGCACUCCCCAUGACUAUCCCUUCUCUGCCAACCUUGCUAGUUCCAUAAAAAAAUAAGAGAAGAAAGAGGAAGAAACUUUCUGGAUCAGAUCCAAGGUCUAGACAAUCUCUCCUACUUUACAGAAGUCCUCUGCUGGAAGCGCUGUCAGGGGAACAGUCCUCUAUUUAAAGGGUUCCUUUAUUUGAAGGACUGUCUGGUCCACGUCUGAUUUACGGGAGAGAAAGAUCCUUUAAUUUACUCAUGAACAGUUAGCAUCUGGAAGCAGAUAGACAGGCACACAAGUUACCUGGUCGCACACAUCAUGAGGUGUACUGUAUUUGUAUUUAAAUAAUUAUUAUUUAUCAAUUUGCUUUUAUACAUAUGUUACCACACCGGAAUUUUACUCGCAGCUGUGUCCACUUUUUUUGGUGGUCCAUAAGUGGCCACUCUCAUCUAAUUCAGUGUUCUACUUACUAUGGUGACCCACCGGAUGACCACAAGCAGGGCAGGAAGGCAAAAGCCUACACUGCUGCUGCUCAUCUUGUGGUUUUCAGAGGUGUACUGCAUCUGGACCUGGAGGUUCUACUUUUUUUCCAGUUUUCAUGAAAAUACAUCAACCUUUUGGUGCAAAUCCUUUUGGCACACUUCCUUUUUUUUUUGGGACAACACUAAUAUUUCACUAAUAUUUAUAUUUCCUUAAUGCAUUUUUCCUCCAUUAUUUUUCACUGACAUGUGCUUCUCUAUGCACACUUUACCCUCGUGUGUGCAUUUCGGCACACAUUUCUUGGCUGGCAUUGCAAAAUUUGGGGAAAUGUGACUUGUAAAAGAUGGUUGCGUUUCGGUUUCCUUAUUUUUUUGGUAUGCGUGAAUGAGAACAGUUCACCUUUUAAACGCAAACUGAAUUGGAUUUCUCUCCUAUCAUUAACCCUGACAAAUAGCCAUUGAUAGAUCCUAUGGGAUCAGGUUAACUGGCCGCCACUGCAUCUUGUGGCAAUGAGUUCCAUAUGCUAACGACCCACUGCAUGAAGAGGUACUUCCUCUCAUCUAUCCUGCAUCUCCUGCCAUUAAGCUUCGCCCUCUUGCUCCUAUUCAGAUUAAGGAUGCUGACUCUCACUGCAACUAACUACCAUGCCUCUCCCCGUUUCCAGUUUGACACCAACGGGGAUGGCGAGAUCACUCUGGAUGAGUUGUACCAGGCCAUGCAGAGGCUGAUGGGCGAGCGCCUGACGUCCCGGGAGAUUGCUGAUGUGGUGAAGGAAGCCGACGUCAAUGGAGACGGGACGGUGGAUUUUGAGGGUGAGAUGCAGUAGGGGAAUAUAGGAUUGAUGGAAAGAGAUUAUAGGCUUAUCGGGAUACAAGGUGAGAGGUUAAAAGCUUUAAAGGUCUGGGGAGAUGGGAUUUAGGAGCACAGGCUAAAAAGAUAUAGGCUUAAAUAGGCUUGGAUAAUAGGGUUAGAGAGUUAUUGGAUUGCUCCAGUUGCAUAGAGAUGGUAGUACACAGCCCACCUGUCAAAACGGGCUGCUGGUGGUGGGGAAACCAGAAAUCUAGUGCCUGCUCCACCUGCCCUGUUUUUGGAUUGCAGCCCCAUUGGCAGGGUGGUUGUGGUACUAAUUUAAUAAGCAGGCACUAGAUACCACAAUGUGGGAGUUGUCCAAACACACCAGGCAAGACUUAAUGACCCUGAAUGCUAUGUUCUCCCUCCACUGUCGGAGGCAGUAAUGCUUCUGGAGGGAUGCAGGUGGCGCUGUGGUCUAAACUACUGAGCCUCUUGGGCUUGCUGAUCAGAAGGUCGGUGGUUCGAAUCCCCACAAUGGGGUCAGCUCCCAUCGCUCUGUCCCAGCUCCUGCCAACCUAGCAGUUUUAAAACACGCAAGUGCAAGUAGAUAAUUAGGUACUGCUGUGGCAGGAAGGUAAAUGGCGUUUCCGUGCACUCUGGUUUCCGUCACGGUGUCCUGUUGUGCCAGAAGUGAUUUAAGUCAUACUGGCCACAUGACCUGGAAAGCUGUCUGUAGACAAAUGCCAGCUCCCUCAGCCUGAAAGCGAGAUGAGCGCUGCAACCCUAUAGUCUCCUUUGACUGGACUUAACCGUUCAGGGGUCCUUUUACCUUUACCUUUAAUGCUUCUGGAUACCAUUCUGGGAGAGUGCUGUUGAGCUCAGGUUCUGUUUGUGGCCUUCUCAUAGGCUGACCACUGAGAACAGGAUGCUGGACUAAGCAAACCACUGGCUUGAUCCAGCGGCCUCCUCUUUAUAUCCUUAGGUAACGGGACCUAGGUCAUUUCAGAAUACAGAUUCUGGGGAUAUUUCAGGCUACUACGACAGCACAACCAACUUCCAGCACAAGUAACCUAAAUGAUUCAGGUGAAGCAGCAAAUGUAAAAGUGGAAUUUCCCCAGACUUACCUUGUUGCCCAGUUUGGAUUGCACUGGUAACUCAUUUGUUUAAGACUGCUCACUGCCAGCCAAAAAGGGCACAAUAGCCAGCCUUUAGCAAGCAUAGGAGCAUGCCUUAUACCAAAGCCAAACUAUUUGUCCAUCCAGGCCAAUAUUGCCUAGUCCAGCAGGCAAACUCUCUAUAGGGUCUCAGGCCAGGGCUGCCCCCGUCUCAUGUUCCCUCAUCCUUCUUCAUUCCAUUUAUUUAACAAAAUUUGCGUACAGCUCCAUGGUAAUGGAACCUCUAAGCCGUUUACAAAAUGCAGCAACAUUUCGUAGAAUCAUAGAACUGUAGAGCUGAAAGGGACCCCAAGUCAUCUAGUCCAAUGAUUUGAAUUAUUGAUAGAAGGUAGUUAAAAACAGAUAUUUUGAGAACUUCAAAAGAUAAUUAAAUUCAGCGCUAGACAAAACAGAACAUGAAACAAAUAACGAUACACCCAAAACAGUUGAAUAAUAUCAUGUGCAUGUCCAGCACAGGUUUAUCUUCUUACUAAAUUGAAAUAACUACAAAUAGCAGCAGUAAAAACAUCAAUAAUAUCUGAAUAAAAUAUCAAAGGCGUAUCUGAAUAAUACAAGUUUUGAAAGACAAGAAGGCAGGAAUGACUCCAGCCGACCUUCCAUGAGCAAGUAGUCCCACAGGACAGGGCCUGCGGCACUAAACCCUGGUAAAUGUUGGCCAAAUCCUGGGGGCAUGGAGGACCACCGAGAGUGCCCAUCCGAAGGCCUCAGUGAUCAAAGUGGAGAGAAUGGAAUCUGGGUGUCCUUAAAGUUGUUCAGGACUUUGUGUAUUAACACAAAAGACCUGAACCUGGCCCAGUAGCAAAUUGGCAACCAGGGCAUCAUUAUUUUACAUGUGAAUUACACAUUUAUCUCCAAGGAGCAGGCGGUGGCAUUCACAGCCAUUUAUCUCCCUUUGGAUAAGCACAACAGCCCUGUGAGGUAGGUCAGGACAAGGGAGCACUCAGCAGUCUUUGUAGAUUUGAAGCCAGGUCUCUCUGGCCUUUCUCCCCAGCCGCACUGAUGUGUUUCUUGACGUUUGCCUUACAGAGUUUGUGAGGAUGAUGUCACGCUGAUGGAGUCGCCCUCCCCUCUCUGGUUCCAACGAAUAUGUGAAUGUAUGGAGUUCAACAUCAAAUCCCAGUGUGAACUGGGAGGGGAGGUCAAACCUCCGUUUGCACAAGAGACUGAGCAGGGCAAGGGGUGGGUUGGAUCGUCUCCCUAAGAGGAGGGCAAGCAUCCGACUUGGCAAAGUCCAAUCCCUGCAGGAAUCCCUUAUUACCGGGCAGCUGCAUUCAUCAAAUCUAUCCCACAACUGGUCCAACCAGCUUGGUUGAUCCCUCUGAAACACACCCCAGAAGAUCGCUUCCCAGCGCAACGCCCUGCCUUACCUCUCCCUCCCCUCCAGCAAUCAUGUACAAUAAAGACUUCCUUGUAUAGGAUCGCUCAGGAUCCGCGUGGGGGUGGCUUUUUUUGUGGCACAUCAACUGGAGCCGCCCACUGAUGCUGGCAUCCGCAGAGGUCAGAAUAACACCCUGGCAGCUCCACGUCUGGCCCUGCCCAAAGCGGCUUAUCCGCUUUAAUCGCUGCUCAGAAGGGCAGCAUAUGGGGCAGGAAUAAACAGAUUAAAGAGGAAGCAGGGAUCCUCCUGCGUAGGAAGGCCAGAGGUUUCCAGAAGCGGGACUUUGGCGAAGCGGGACACUUGGGUUUGAUCACCAUCAUCAUCGUGUGGGCGGGGAGCAACGAGGGUCUAGCUUGGCACAGGAUGAGGCAGUAG